AUGGCCGUCCAGUCCUUCAAACGUUCGGCGAGCGUCGUCGGGUUAGGCAUGAAAGAGCUUGCCUUGGUCGCGCUCACGCUGCAAUCUUCGAUUCACAUCCUCGUCAUGCACUACUCUCGAACCAUGCCUCUGGUCAACGGCCGGCGAUACUUUCCCUCGACUGCCGUUUUCCUGAACGAAGUCAUCAAGCUUGCCAUCUGCCUGACCAUGGCCCUCUACGACAUUGCAACCAACCCUCGCACCCCGGACACCUCCACCGCCACCGCGUUGUUUUGGGAAGUGGGAAGAGCGGUGUUCACUGGCGACAGCUGGAGAAUGGCCAUCCCUGCCGUCCUUUAUACCCUGCAGAACAGCCUGCAGUACGUGGCCAUUGGCAAUCUCGAUGCUGCGACCUUUCAGGUCACGAGCCAGUUGAAGAUUCUCAGCACCGCCAUCUUCAGCGUGCUGUUGCUGGGUAGAGUGCUGUCAGGGCGGAGGUGGUUGUCUUUGUUGCUGCUCAUGCUAGGCGUCGCCAUCAUCCACAUCCCGGGGAGCGCUUCCUAUACCGCGUCCCUCACCAUCAAAGACCUCCGCAGAGGCAUCCAGCCUCGCAGCAUCCGCGACUCCCCCGCCUUGGCCGACGGGGUUGCAGGCGUGAUUGGCAAGCGCUCGGCGACCUACCAGGGUAUUGACAAAGAUUUCGCCGAUGCCAACCCCGAGCUUUACCCCUCCUUUGGCCUCGCAUUGGUGACGAUUGCCUGCUUCAUCUCGGGCCUGGCGAGCGUGUACUUUGAGAAAAUCCUCAAGCAUCCCAAGAGCGAGUACGGAAGCUCGGUGUGGAUCAGGAACGUGCAGCUCUCCUUCUACUCCCUCUGGCCCGCGCUGUUCAUCGGCGUCAUGUUCAAGGAUGGAGAGCACAUUUCCAGGCACGGCUUCUUUGCCGGGUACAACUGGGUCGUGUGGGCCGCCAUUCUACUGCAAUCCGCCGGCGGAGUGCUGGUGGCGUUUGUGGUCAAGUUCGCCGACAACAUUGCAAAGAGCUUUGCCACGAGCAUCUCCAUUCUGCUGAGCUUUCUCGCCAGCGUCUUCUUCUUCGACUUUGAAAUUACCCCACUCUACCUUGCCGGCACCACGGUUGUGCUCUUGGCCACGUACCUGUACAAUGCGGGCGUCGAUGGCGAGCAGCCAAAGGCGCCCGAGAUCCGGAUGCCGGCGUCCGAGAAAGGAAAGGAGCAAGGCUCGUAUUUUGCCCUGGCUCCGGCCGCCACUCCUUCCAAACCCGCAUUGCGAGGCGAAGCCCUCUCCACCAGCCGGCCCACGACGCCCACUUCCGGACUCGCGGCAGGCAAAGCGAGAGCAAUAGAGACGGACGGCAAUGAUACCCUUACCCCUCCGAUAUGCAGCAACGAUUCCAUAGACCCUGAGUCUAUGACUAUUUCCGCCUUUUCAACAUAUCCCGCUUGGAUCAUAGGCAGGGCGAUGGACGACUUCAUGCAUCGACGGCACGGCGGUCAGAACUUCCACCGCUUCGAUGAGCACGACGCUACUCGGCAUGGAAUAGCCGACCACCAUCAUGGCUACGGUGAUAUGCAAGACGCUUUUGCCGAUGAGUCGAUGGGUUUCAACUCUAUCGAUGAGCAGCUGCAUCGCCUCGCAGACCAGGGCAGUUGGAACCGACAAGCGACUCACAGAGGUGCCGGAGUGCCUCUAGCAUCUACAUCCGCGCGAGCUCCACCGUUCGCCGUUGAGUCCUACUACACAUCUCCACCGCGCUGUGCUCCAUAUCGCGCCGUGGAGUGCCCCUCGAACAUUUCCACCGGCCUUCCAUUUCGCGAAUCUUCGACUUCCUCUCCAUUCAAUCAACAGAUUCCCUCCUCCCCCACAAUCAGCGCCCGCCAACGCCAAUCCAGGCCUGUGGAAUAUGGAAGAGCAUUUCAAUCAACCCUGUUCGAGCAGCAGUCUACAAACGAAACAAUGCACCGUGGUCGCCGUGAGUCGAGUAAGGUGGAGGAUUCACACAACCCCUCGCACAUGGCGCAUCGAUCGCAGCAUGAGCCUGCUCAACCUUCCCGGCAACCACCUCAGUCCGCCUUGGUGACUCAUCGACCGAAACACAAUCCGCCCGUGGUGCAAGGCAUCGACCUGGUUUCCACGCACACGCUACCGGACCGCUUCCGUUCAAUAUUCCUCUUCCCGCUGUUCAACGCCGUGCAAUCCAAGUGCUUUGACACCAUUUACCACUCGAACAACAAUUUCGUGCUGUCAGCACCCACUGGUAGCGGCAAGACAGCGGUGCUGGAGCUCGCCAUCUGUCGUCUCGCCAACAGCUCGGCGAACGGAAGCUUCAAGAUUGUAUACCAGGCCCCAACGAAAUCGCUGUGCGCUGAACGCCAAAGAGACUGGGAGAAGAAGUUUGCGCCAUUGGACUUGAAGUGUGCAGAACUAACGGGUGACACCGAGCAUGCACAGUUGCAUAAUGUACAGCACGCACAGAUCAUCAUCACCACCCCAGAGAAAUGGGACAGCGUGACCCGCAAGUGGAAAGACCACCAGAAGCUUAUGCAAAUGGUGAAGCUCUUCCUCAUCGACGAAGUGCACAUUUUGAAAGAGGAGAGGGGUGCGACACUUGAGGCAGGAGUGUCUCGGAUGAAGUCUGUUGGAUCUGGUGUACGUUUCAUCGCGCUGAGUGCCACAGUGCCGAACUCUCAAGACAUUGCGAUCUGGCUGGGAAAGGAUGCAGUAGAACCUGAUGUACCAGCCGUUCGACAACGAUUUGGCGAGGAAUAUCGUCCAGUUCGACUCCAGAAGCAUGUCUGUGGCUAUCACACCGGACCGAACGAUUUCGCGUUUGAAAAAAGCCUCAAUGGGAAACUCCCGGCAAUUAUCAGCAAGUGGUCGCAGCGCAAGCCAAUCAUGGUAUUCUGCUUUACUCGCGGUUCUUGUGUCGAGACUGCCAAGGUGCUGUCCAAGUGGUGGAGCUCGAGUGCAGCACGUGAACGGUACUGGACUGCGCCGCGGAAACGGUUGGUCGUGGCGAACAAGGAAUUGAUGGACGCCAUCGCGACUGGGGUAGCAUUCCACCACGCGGGUUUGAGCCCCGAAGACCGAGCUGCUGUGGAGGGUGGUUAUCUCACCGGGGAGAUCAAUGUCAUCUGCUGCACGUCUACUCUGGCCGUGGGCGUCAACUUGCCUUGUCACAUGGUCAUCAUCAAGAACACUGUCGCCUAUCAAAACCCUGCUGCUGGCGGCUGUAAGGAAUACUCGGAUCUCGAAAUCAUGCAAAUGCUUGGUCGCGCCGGACGUCCGCAGUUCGAUGAUAGUGCCGUGGCUGUCAUCAUGACACGCCUGCCACGAGUGCAAUAUUACGAGACGAUGGUUGCGGGUCAGGAAGUACUGGAGAGCUGCCUUCAUCGCAACCUGAUCGACCAUUUGAACUCCGAGAUUGGACUUGGAACGAUCAUCGACGUUCCAUCGGCAAAGAGGUGGCUGAUGGGCACGUUUCUCUACGUCCGACUCCAAGUCAAUCCAGAACACUAUCAGAUCGAAGGAGAUGCCCCCGGCCGGAAUCUCGACGAACGCUUGGAGACUAUCUGCGGCAAAGCCUUGGCCUUGCUUUCGGACAACGAUCUUGUUGCGGCGUCCCCGAACCUCCAAUGCACCGAAUUCGGAGAUGCCAUGGCCCGGUAUUACGUUCAGUUCGAUACCAUGAAGACCUUUGUAGCCUUGCCUGCAAAAGCAAAGGUCUCCGAGAUCUUGUCUGCCAUCUCACAAGCUGCAGAGUUCAAAGACAUGCGAUUCCGCUCUGAGGAGAAAGCCAGCUACAAGACCUUGAACCAGAACAACUCGAUCAAGUAUCCAAUCCCGGUAAAUCUGGAUCUCCCCGCGCACAAAGUGUCCCUCGUUAUCCAGUCCACCCUGGGAGGGGUUGAACUUUCUGCAGAGGAACAGAAGUUCGACUUCACUAGUGCCAAGGCUACCAUCUUUCAGCACGCAACUCGUCUGGUGAGAUGUAUCGUUGACUGCAAGCUCUAUCUUGAAGACUCAGUGUCAACACGAAACGCCCUCAUGCUUGCUCGGAGCCUUGGAGCGAAAGUUUGGGACGACUCGCCCCUGCAUGUGACGCAGCUGGACGGUGUUGGCAUGGUCACUGUCCGCAAGCUUGUCAAUGCAGGGAUCUCAUCGAUCGAUGAGCUAGAGCUCACUGAUGCGCAUCACAUCGAGCGUGCUCUCUCUCGCAAUCCCCCUUACGGUACGCAGCUCCAGCAGAAAGCAAGAGCGUUUCCAAAACUUCGUGUCUCUUUGGAAAUGAUGGGUGAGCCUUUCAUUCGCCCAGGUGAGUACGUGACUGUGAAGCUCAAGGCCGAUGUGGGAUUCAUGAAUGAAAACGUACCUGAGAAGUUCCAACGAAAGGCAGUGUAUGCUUGCUUGCUGGUCGAGACCUCUGACGACAAGUUGCUUCACUUCGUGCGAAUGAGUGCAAAGAUGCUGAAGAAAGGUCACGACGUCCCGAUCAACGCCAAUCUGACAACUCCGACUCAAUCCAUUCGUGCAUAUGUCAUGUGCGACGGCAUUGCUGGUACUUUGCGGCAUGCGGUCCUGAAACUCCAUGUUCCAGCUUCCUCGUUUCCGUCGCCAAAGGCUGCAGAAGACCGAGAUGAACGAGCUGGCAACCUAGCUGCUAGCCACGCGCGCUCUUCCACCAAAAAUCAGUUGCGGUUGACCAAGGACUCCACACAGACCCAGAAUGACGAAUUCGGCGACGGAGACAUCGACGAUGCCGAUCUUGCCCGUGCUGAGGUCGACGACUUUGUCGACAUCGAUGAGCUAGAUCUCAGCGGUGCUACAUCAGCGCAAUCAAAGCGGAAUCGACAGAAUGCCGACUCCCCGAAUCGCGCGAAUGCGAGCCGGGAGCCUCAGCAGCUGCCCAACGGUAAAUGGGCGUGCAAUCAUGCUUGCAAAGACAAGAACAAGUGCAAGCAUCGUUGCUGUCAAGAAGGACUGGACAAGCAACCGAAACCACCAAAGGCAAAGGAAAAUCGGAAGCAGCUUGUGCCAAUCGCGGAUUCAAAACAGAAGCGGCUAGCUAUGCCUACCAACAAGCCCGCGAUUCCCAAAUCCAAGAGCACAUCAUCUCAGGAAAGGCCUGCUGCGAGACACCAGUCCAAAGAGGCUCAUGCUUUGGAUUAUCUACACAACAGUGUCAAGACGAAGAUGCCAAAGAUACCAACUCUUGGCCGCGCUCGAGCUAACGACCGGACCGAUACGAACGCCUCGUCGCCGAAGACGAAGCAGUCUCGGCUCAGCUUUGUUUCAGGAGGGCGCAGCGUGAUGAGGGGACUGCAAUUCGACGAUCUUGACGAUGGCUUGUGGAGCUCGAACAGUCUGGACGACGUGAACGACGACAUUGCUUCCUCGCACGAAAAGGGUAGAGCAUCGCACGGCAUCGGCGACGACUUUCGAGCCGGUGAAGAGGAGAUGCUGGACGAGAUCGAGGAUUUCGAUGAGAGCUUUGCAUUCGACCAGCCUUUCCCAGACAAUGCAGGAGAAGAGUUGAUUGAUCUGACUCGUGCCGGGCGUCUCAAGAAGCGUGGUACAGCAGAGUACACAGGCUACGACACUGGGAUUACAGAGCCAGCUCAAGCUCAAAGUGCGGCUGGUGCCAAGUACGAUGAAAAAUCCAGUCCGAAGCUCUUUCUCAGCGAUCUCUACAAUACGUGGGAGACUGGGCUGGGAGACACUCUCACCUCGACCACGCAGAAACGUUCCGCAGAAGAUGAUUUGAGCGAAGCUGGCGUUGGUGUCAUCUCAUGUUCGAAGAGACAGAAAAGAGACUCCUCGCUGCAGCCGACGACGGAUGUAAAGAUGCAAGCUGACAUCCUCGAUUCCGUCACGCCGUUGGAAGCUGUUUCUGCAGCAGCAGUGUCUGCCCCAAGAGCAGAGACACAUACAGCUCCUGACAACCUGGAGGAAUGGUUCACCGAGACUUUUGGCUCGCGACUGUUCGAGUUAACCAAUUGA